AAGAAGAAAGAUUGGAAAGAUUGUGUUGUUUAUGUUUUUUUAUCAAAAAUGAUGUAAAACAUAAUUGCACGAGAUUAACGUAUAAAAUCAUCGUAAUUGAACCCCAAUGCAGCAGUUUUUAGAACAUGUUACAAUUCUUACUUUAUCUACACCACAUAAAAUAAGUGGGAAAUUCCAUAUAAAAGCACGUAGUGACAAUGAACCGUACAGUUUUCUGAAGUAUUUGUUAACUACCAUGUGCCUCAGAACGUUUAUAUACAUUUAUGUAAUAUUUUCCGUUUACUUAAUUUCGCAUGGAUAUAUUAUCCGUACAAAAAAUGGAAAAGUACGAGGAUUAGAGACGAAACUUUCAAGUAAUCUAACAAUGUAUUCGUAUUUAGGUAUACCUUACGCAAGAUCACCUUUAGGAAAGUUGAGAUUUGAGCCACCUGUACCCUCACAACAAUGGAGUGGCAUCAGAGAUUCAACUAUACAAAAAUCACAAUGUGUUCAGUCCAGAUUCGCUACUGUUCGAACAAAUAAAAUUGAAGGUUCUGAAGAUUGCUUGUACUUAAACGUUUAUACUUCAACACUACCGGAUAUAAAUAACAAUAUAAAUUAUCCAGUAAUGGUUUGGAUUCAUGGCGGCGGAUUUUAUGAAGGAGAUAAUGGUUAUGAAUUAUAUCCACCAGAAAAUUUCGUAAAACAAGGCAUUGUAGUGGUUACAAUUGCUUAUCGAUUAGGAAUAUUUGGAUUUUUUCAUACGGGUGAUUUAGUGUCACCAGGGAACAAUGGAAUACGAGAUCAAAUUAUGGCGUUAAAAUGGGUAAAUGAAAACAUUGAAAAAUUCGGUGGUGAUAAAAAUAAAGUAACAAUUUCGGGUGAAAGUGCAGGAGGCAUGGCUGUUUCUCAUUUAAUAUUAUCACCGUUAUCUAAAGGAUUAUUUCAAAAAGCGAUUAUUCAAAGUGGCUCCUCUAUUAUGGCGCCGGCGAUAGGAGAAGAGCAACCAAUUUACGCAUUUACAACCGGAUCAUUAUUAGGAAUCAAUACCAACAAUAGUCAGGAAUUAGUUACAAAGCUUCGAAAUGUUGAUUUUAGAGAACUAGAAGCGGCUUCUACAAGAGCUGGAGCUGAUACAGGUCAACGUUUAAUAGCAUACACGGUAGUCAUUGAACCAAAACAUCAAAACGCUGUUAUCUCAAAAUCGCCAUAUGAAAUGUUGGAAAAUGGGGAAUAUAAUAAGGUUCCAAUUUUAAUGGGAUUUAAUUCAAAUGAAGGUGAUGGUCUUCCAGAUAUGCUUCUUCGAUCGCUUUUAAAGGAAAGCAAAUUAGCUCCCUAUAAUUUGGUUCCGAUAGGAUUAAAUUUGAAUGCAUCAAGCGAUACAAACACCAUAAAUUAUGUUGGUACACUUAUUAAAGAAUAUUAUUUUCCGGGUAGUACUACAGAUUAUACUGAUGCUGAUUUUCAACAUUGGUUUGGUGAUAUGGUCAUGACGCGAGCAUUAAUACAACAAGGAAUCUUCCUUUCAAAACACACUGUCGUUUACUUUUACGAGUUCAAUUGUAUUGGACGUCUGGGUAAUCCUCUGAGGACUAAUUGGAAUGCCGUCGGACAUGCUGAAGAACUAAAUUAUUUAUUCACCCGACGAACGCAACCGAGAAUUUUAUCUGACGAUGAUAAAAUUUGUAGUCAACGAGUAGUAAAACUAUGGGGAAAUUUUAUUAAAUUUGGAAAUCCAACCCCAAAUAGAGAUGCUUUGUUACAAGGAAUUAUUUGGCCAAAAACAGCUCCGGUGCCAAAUAUGAAAUAUUUACAUCUGGACAAAAACUUGUCAGUCAGAACUAACCCAAAUCAGAAAGAUUAUCAAUUUUGGAAUAAUAUAUUCAACACUUACGGAAAAAGGCCAUUUAAAAUAUAUUAAAACUUCUAUACAUUUUAGAAUUGUGAUGUUUUUAAUAAAUAUUAUAUAGUUGCUGCACCUAAA